AUGCGAGAGAGAGAGAGAGAGAGAGGCCAGGUGAUGAAGCGGAGUGUACCUUCUGCUCUCGCUGGUCUCAGGGAGCUGAGAGUGUUUAAAAAUAUAGCAAUUUGUACUUAA